GUCCGGGCGGCUGUGCGUGCUGCCGUACCUGGCUGCUGGAUAUAAAAGGCGGAUAACGGACGCAGCGACACACCGGUCCAGCUGCCGUUCCGUUCCCGGAGGUCGGGAUACCUCCUUCCGCCACCUCCACCACCUCAGCGGCCGGGCGGAGCGAGGACAGCGGGGGUCCGGCAUGGACCCCCAAGCCAAGGAGCACCGCAGCAGCCCGGCGGCGGGGGGCUUCAGCGGGCGCCUGGCCUCGCUGGGAGCCGACGGGGGAGACUCUGAGUCCGGAGCCGGCUCGGAGGAGGCUGCGGUGGGCUGCUGCAGCGACACGUUCAGCAGCCUGCCCGACAUGGAGCAGGAAAGCCUGGAGGAGAAGCUCCGAGGACUGGCGUUCAGAAAGCAGACCUCGUAUCGGAAAGCCAUCUCCCGGUCGGGCCUCCAUUACCUCGGUCCCCCGCAGCCGCCACUUCCUCCGGCCUCCAACGGGCCCACCAAGGACCUGCGGACCUGCGUGGACUGGACGGAGAACGCGGUGAACGGAGAUCACCUGUGGAUGGAGACCAGCUGCUCCGGAGAGCUGUGCUACCUGGGAGAAGACGCCUGCCUGCUGAAGACUGCAAAGUCGGCCCCCAGGAAGAAAUGUGCAGCCUGCAAGAUCGUCGUUCACACCAGCUGCAUGGAGCAGCUAGAGAAGAUUAACUUUCGGUGUAAGCCGACCUUCAGAGAGGGAGGAUCCCGAUGCCUCCGAGACCAGAACGUGCUGAGACAUCACUGGGUUCACCGGCGGAGGCAGGAGGGGAAGUGCAAACAGUGUGGCAAGAGUUUCCAGCAGAAGUUCUUCCACAGUAAAGAAAUCAUCGCCAUCAGCUGUUCGUGGUGCAAACAGGCUUUCCACAACAAGGUGACGUGUUUCAUGCUGCAUCAGAUCGAGGAGCCGUGCUCGCUGGGCGCUCACGCUGGAGUCAUCGUCCCGCCGUCCUGGAUCAUCAAAGUCAGGAAACCACAGAGCUCACUGAAAAACUCGGCCAGGAGGAAAAAACGCACCUCUUUCAAACGGAGGACGAGUAAGAAGGGACUGGACGAGUCGAAGUGGCGUCCCUUCAUGUUGAAGCCCCUCCCCUCUCCGCUCAUGAAGCCCAUUUUGGUUUUCGUCAAUCCCAAGAGCGGCGGCAAUCAGGGUGCCAAGGUGUUGCAGAUGUUCAUGUGGAUCCUGAACCCUCGGCAGGUCUUCGACCUGUCGCAGGGCGGCCUGAGAGAGGCGCUGGAGCUGUAUCGCAAAGUGCCAAACCUGCGGAUCCUGGCGUGCGGCGGGGACGGCACGGUGGGCUGGAUCCUGUCUGCGCUGGACGAGCUGCAGAUGAGCCCACAGCCUCCGGUGGCGGUGCUUCCUCUGGGAACGGGAAACGACCUCGCCAGGACGCUCAACUGGGGCGGGGGUUACACGGACGAGCCGGUGUCCAAGGUGUUGUGCCAUGUGGAGGACGGCUCGGUGGUGCAGCUGGACCGGUGGAACCUGCAGGUGGAGAAGAGCUCGGCUCAGCCCGAGGAGGGAACGCAGAAGCUGCCCCUCAACGUGUUCAACAACUACUUCAGCCUGGGCUUCGACGCUCACGUCACCCUGGAGUUCCACGAGUCCCGAGAGGCCAACCCGGAAAAGUUUAACAGCCGCUUUCGAAACAAGAUGUUCUAUGCAGGAGCAGCGUUCUCAGAUUUCCUCCAGAGGAGCUCCAGGGAUUUGUCCAAGCACGUCAGAGUGGUGUGUGACGGUACAGAUCUGACUCCUAAAAUCCAGGAGCUGAAGUUCCAGUGCAUCGUCUUUCUGAACAUCCCCAGGUACUGUGCUGGCACCAUGCCGUGGGGAAACACAGGCGACCACCGAGACUUUGAACCUCAGCGACACGACGACGGCUGCAUCGAGGUGAUCGGCUUCACCAUGGCGUCGCUGGCUGCGCUACAGGUCGGAGGUCAUGGAGAGAGGCUGCACCAGUGCAGAGAGGUCGUCCUCACGACCUUCAAGACCGUUCCUGUUCAGGUUGACGGCGAGCCGUGUCGACUGGCUCCGUCCACUCUCCGCAUCUCCCUCCGAAACCAGGCCAACAUGGUCCAGAAGAGCAAGAGACGCACCUCAGUGCCCCUGCUGAACGAUAUUCAGAAGGUGUGUGCAGCUGAUCUGCGCCGCCUCUCUGCUCCCCCCGACUCCUUCUCUGUCCCUCACGCCGUUCCCGACCGUCUGCGUCUGCGGGUGAAUCGCAUCAGCCUGCAGGAGUACGACCGGCUGCAGUACGACAAGGAGCGGCUGCGAGACAUCUCCAUCCCAGUGGGCAUCGUGGUGGUGAGAGGAGACUGUGAUCUGGAGACGUGUCGACUCUACAUCGACAGACUGCAGGAGGAUUUACACCAGGCGCCAUCUGCUGGUCACAGGGUGCACUAUCAGGACGAGUGCCGGGGCGUCCCCAGGACCAGCUCCAGCAGCCGUCUGUCCCCCAACUGGAGCUUUCUGGACUCGACGUCCGCGGAUCGUUUCUACCGCAUCGACAAGGCUCAGGAGCAUCUUCACUUCGUCACCGAAAUCUGCCAGGACGAGGUCUUCAUCCUGGACCACGAGGCCCCCACGGUGAGCCAGGCCUCCAGCACGGGGAUGCCCGACCUGGUGGUGGAGCCGUCGGCCGGGACGCCGCUGACAGCUGAUGAGCAAGAGCUGCUGUCGGCUGCUGCUUCAGGGGAUCUCUCCAUGCUGUCGGAGUGUGUGCGGCGAGGCGUCAACCUGCUGGUCAGAGACUCUGGGGGAUGCUCGGCGCUGCACCUGGCCUCGCAGGGCGGCCACGCCGAGCUCGUCAGCUACAUCGUCAAAGAAGGCUCGAAGGUUCUUCUGGACCUGACGGACCGGGAGAAAGGGGACACGGCCCUGCAUAAAGCCGCCUCGGAGAAGCAGCACGCCGUGUGUCGUCUGCUGGUGGAGGCCGGCGCGUCGCUGCAGAAGACGAACUUCCAGGGGAAAACUCCGGCGGACCAAGCGGACGGAGACUCGGAGCUGGCCACCUACCUGAGCUCCACCCAGACCCCGCCCCCCCGCGAGGACCUGGAGACGGCCGUGUGAGGCGGCCGCCGCUCGCCGGAGGACAGCGGGACGAAGCGGAGUCUGGACCGGAGUCCCGGGACGGGGCGAGCGCUCCUCCGCCCGCGGCAGCACCGCAGAGCAGACUCACCGGUCCAAUAUUUAUUUGUAUUUAUUUAUUCCUAUUCUAUUUAUUGGCUGUGCGGACUGACCGACGGCGGGACUCGGGCGGAGCGGCCUCAGGAACUCGCUUUGAAAUCCUAACACGUCCGAGGUUCCACUUUGUGUUCAUCCCCGAAAAAAACUGCGUGCCAAAGACACUGGAGCAGUGUCCCGAGAAGCGUCCGCGGCUUCAGACGUCCACACGGGGGCGCCGCCGCCGCCGCUCGCUCCUCCUUCACAGAGAGAACCUCCACAGCUCAUCCCUCUGACUGAAGCUCCCUGAUGCCAUGAACUGUUACAGCUGAAGCUUGAAUGAUGGUUCCUCCACCCAAAGUCACUUUUUACAUCCAACAUUUCACUUCCUGCUUUUCUAAAACUUUCUCCGAUUUGGAAUAUUUUCUAAAAACCUAAAAAUUCGUCCAGAGAAUGGAACAAAAAAGAAAAAAAGGUAUCAGAUAAGUUAAUUUGAGCUUUUAUAAUCCAGAUGUGGAGAAUCUUCUCUGAAUGAGAGAAAACAAAUCCCGAGAGAAAACUCUGAACGUUAGUGAGAGUUUGGAAAAAGAUCAAUUUAAUCUGUAAAAAUCUACUUUCAGUCAAACGUUUAGACUUUUUACUGUGUGUGCGUGCGUGUGUGUGUGUGUGUGUGUGAGAGAGACUCUCAUUCCAUAUCAAAUCUGAAUCAGAAGGUCAGUAGAAGUGUGUACAUAACUGACUCUGUUAUGUAACGUGUGUGUGUGUGUGUGUGUGUGUGUGUGUGUGUGUUUGCAGCAUUUAUUCAUAAAGUAAAAGAAGAAUCUGAGCCAUAUUCAAUGCAAUAUGAAUAGAUGACGUUUUUUUUCCUUCUUCCUGCGUUUACAUUACAUUAAUGUUUGUUCUGCAGUCGACCGUUUGGAGCAUCGAAUGUUCAGUUUUUACUUCAGUGCUGGUUGAGUUUAUGAUUGUCUUCUUAUUUUAUUUUCUUUUACUUUGGUGUGCAUGUCAGUCCGUGGAUUGGAGCAACUCUGUGAGAUGUUUUUUUUUUUUUUUUUUUUUUAAAUGUAAUCUGUUGUAAAUUAAAAGUGCAGUGGUCGUAAAGGAAAACUGAACAAUCACAGACAUUCACAGCUGCUUUCACGAUUCAGUGUUACCUAACUGCGCAUUUAUUCUACAUUUUUGUUUGUUUAGGAGGAAACUUUUGCUUUUUCUCAACUUUUUUCUAAAAAUAAGACACGAAAGUGAAUAAAAAAAUGUAAUUUAAUGGUGACAAAAGUUGGUUGAAGACUCUGGUUAUACUUUAAAUUCAAACAUUUCCUCCAUAUUUGGUUAAAAAGUCCAGAAACACUUUGAUCUAAAGUCAAUCUUUCAAUAAAUGAAGAAAUAGACAGAGACCUCGGUUGUUGUUUGAGGUGUAUGAUCUUAAUGAGACCAUUUGAAGAAGAAAAGACAUUUUAAAGGUGUUCAUCACGUCCGUUUGUGUCGCGUUAAAGACGUAAUUCAUCCAUUGAAAUGAAAUAAAUCUGUUUAUAUUCCAGUCAUUUAAUCCGCGGUGAUAUAGAACCUCGGUGACGACGUUUAACAUGCUUCCUGUUGAAAUUUGUCCAGAUCAAAGUCAUUUUUCACUAUUUCCGUCUUAAAAAAGACCCUAAACUUCAUUUUCCAAGAUGAUAUUGAUACUUUAAAGUUGGAUGAACUGAAAAGAUGUUUUUCUGGAGCAAACUGCAGCAACAAAGCUAAAAAUCAAGCAUGUCUGAUGAGACUUUAAUCCACUGAGAAAGGAAAGCCGAUCCGGGGACGUGUUUCCACCACUUUAACUUUUCUCUUUGGUUUGUUGCCGAGUUCUUAUGUGGAAUGAUGGACUGAACAGUGUGUGAGGGGGGAUUACAUUACAUUCUGACACACACACACACACACACGCUUCGUGUCACUCUUUCUAUUGAGUAGGAACUUUGUAUUCAGUGGUGUCUCAUCACGGUGGUUCUGCAUGGCCCUUUCUCACCUUUUUUGGGAUAAUUUUCUGGUAAAUUCCUAAAAAAGAAGGCAUUAUUGUUGUUUAAACUAUUAAAUUAUUUCAGUUUCACUUGAGUUUCUUCCACAGGUCGGGCAUGUGUUGGAUGUUUCUAUUUUUUUGUAUUUCUUUCAUUUCUCUGCUGAUGAAGAUGACGAUGAUGGGAUUACUUGAAGCUUGUUUUCUUUUUAUUCAUUUGUUAAAAGAAGAUGUGACGCUGUU